AUGGCAGACGCAGCUGUGACACUAAGUUUAUCGACGGCUAUCUGGUCUUCGGUCAAACCGAUUCUCAAAAUCUACUUCAUCAUCUUCACAGGGUUUGUCCUCGCCCGGAAAAACAUCUUGACCGUUGAGACUUGCCGAAAUUUGUCGGAUUUGGUGGUCACCGUUGCCCUUCCUUCAUUAACUUUCAGCAAGCUCGUUGCUAAUCUCUCUUACGAAGAUGCCAAAUCCAUCGGGGUAUUGUCAUUUACCUGUGUUCUUUGUUUGUGUUUUGGUGGGAUCUUUGGAUUUAUUCUUAACUACAUCACCCCUGUGCCAAAGGUAUUCUAUUAUGGGUUGAUUUGCUCAGGGAUGUUUGCAAAUAUCGGUGAUUUGCCUAUUGCUUUUAUUCAAAGUAUUCCAAGCGUGAUUUUCGAUAGUUCAAUGGUGGAUAAAGGAGUGGCAUACAUUUGCAUUUUCUCAUUUGCCAUGAUGUUUGUGUUCUUCAAUUUAGGCUGUGCUAAUCUUAUCGGUUUGGAUUUCAAAAACGAUGACGAUGAUGAGUUGCCUUGUGACGUUACCAGUGAGGAUAAAGAUGCUGGUGACGGUGAAGUGUCUUUCUCUUCUUCUUCUUCCCAGAUUGGAAACUCUGAAAACCCAGGUAGUGUUAGCGCCCAGCAUUCAGCAUCGCAAGCCAGGCCACGGGCCUUGAGCUCGGCAUCCAGGCCAGCGGCAUCGAUUCUAACCUUAGAAACUUCAGGAGGAGUUGACGGAAUUCUUCAUGAAUACAGCCAGUUCAAUGAUGCCGAAGAAAGGAAUGCCAUAGACCCAUUGGAUCAAUUGAGUGUUGUACGGACUCACACAAAGCAGCAACAGGAGAAACCCGACGUUGAUAACAACGAUACUGAGUCCUUGAAAACCGUUCAUAAAAAAUCUUUUGUGGAAAAGUUUCAUCUUUCGCCAUUGUUAUUCGUUCUUCGGAACUUUAAACGUCCUGCCUCGAUUUCGGUCAUUGCUGGAUUGACGGUUUGUCUUAUACCUUGGCUCAAGGCAUUGUUUGUGGGAUAUCACAAUCAUGUCGAUUACCCAAACGCCCCAGACGGGAAACCUGCCCUCCAUUUCAUCAUUGAUAUUACUAGUACGAUUGGUAAUGCACAAGUGCCUUUAGGAUUGACCAUUCUUGGAGCCACCUUGGGACGCCUUGAAUUCAAGACGGUUACCAAAGGGCUAGUCAUCACCUCUCUUGCUAUGGCGUUUGUUAGAUUGGUAGUUAUGCCGAUUAUUGGGGCAGCUUUGAUGACCAAAUUCAAACACUUGGGCUGGUUUAAUGACGAUAUGGCGACGUUUUUGGCGGUAUUGAAUUGGGGAUUGCCUUCGAUGACAGUGCUAGUUUAUAUCACUGCGUUUUUCACCCCCAACACUGGCCCACAUGUGCAAAUGGACUGUGUGGCGAUUAUUUUGUUGACCCAGUACGCCUUCUUGAUCAUUUCGUUUCCGAUUUUGACUACCUAUACUUUGAAGCAUAUCUUAAGCGAUUGA